UAAGUAUGGUGUGAUCAAUUUACGGAUGGUGUUGUGAUAAAUUUACGAGAAUAACUUGUUAGGAGCUGGCGCGUGAAAUGCAUCGGUUGGCAAGAUACUGACAUGGUCGGGCAACAGCAGACACGGCUAAUCUGACGGCAAACAUUGGACGCUUCAAGAUAGCAAGAGGAUCAAGGCAGACUUGCACUUCAUAGACGUCAGAUGGCACAUCAAGCAUCAACAGCUGGCACUCUUCAGAAAGCAUUCAAAGAACUCAUGAGACCAGAAUCCAUCCUUCACAUUCAUAUAGCAACUGACUUCAAACUUGUGUUCCAGAACUGUGUAGCAAAUCAUUCCUAUGAAGGUCCUGUUCACAAAAUGCCAGCUAAUGCGAGAGGUCGCCCGCCUAAGUUGCCCCGAGCUUGCACCUGGUGUGCUGAACUCCGGCCUCAGCUCAAAUAUGUUUUCCCCACACCUAACACUAAGAAGGAGUUCUGCUCUGAGAUGUGCCUAUCAGAAUUCCGAAAAGCCUUGUUGAAACAUGGAUUAUGUGUUCACUGCGACAAUGUGAUCCGUGAUACGGUUUUCAAAUGUGUAUCGGAAACUGAGUUGGAUGGGUCAGCUGAUGGAGGGCUGGACGAAGGUUCAGCAGCUGCACCCAGGGUCACAUCUCUCAUUGCAGCUGUAAACAAACGGCUGAAUGCAUGCAGUGAAGAGUGUCAGAAAGCCUGGGAAGAUGGACAGAAAAAUGGUGAAAAGGUGGAAACUCCCAACACAGAUGCUGAUUCAGCAACAAGAAGUUCAUCAAAAGACAAGGUUUUACUUGAGGAGGCGGGCUCUCACAGCACUGGUGAUGCCUCAGAUUCUAGUUUUGGUCUCACUUCACCCACAAACGGAGCACAGACUUUACAAGGUCUCAGUGUUGCUGAGCUACACACAUCUAAACGAGGACGUGGACUAUCAGCAGCUGCUCUUGCUAUGAUAGAGGCUGCCGCAGAGUUCAACUGGCCUGAUUAUCUGCAGGAGGAAAACGCUGUUGCUGCUCCUCCUAAAUGUUUUAAACAGCACCGCACGCCGCCAAAGAACGAGUUCGUGGUGAACAUGAAGCUCGAGGCGCUGGACCCUCGUAACGUGACGUCGACAUGCAUCGCCACGGUGGUGGGCACGCUAGGGCCGCGGCUCCGUCUGCGUCUUGAUGGCUCCGAUAACAAGAAUGACUUCUGGAGGCUGGUUGACUGCAACAACGAAAUUCACCCCAUAGGGCAUUGUGAAGAAAAUGGUGGCAUGUUACAGCCACCUUUAGGAUUUCGUAUGAAUGCGUCAUCCUGGCCCAUGUUCUUGCUGAAGACGCUCCACAACGCCGAGGUGUCGCCUCCUGAUAUCUUUAAAGAUGAGCCCCCAACCCCGUCCCGCAAUCACUUCGAACCUGGCAUGAAACUAGAAGCCGUUGACAAGAAAAACCCACAGCUCAUUUGUGCUGCAACUGUUGGUGCUGUUGAUGGUGAUAUGAUCCACGUAACAUUUGACGGCUGGCGAGGUGCUUUCGACUACUGGUGUCGCUUUGAUUCCCGAGACAUUUUCCCUCCAGGCUGGUGUGCUCUGUCUGGGCAUCCUCUCCAGCCCCCAGGCCAGAUGUGGGGUCCUCCCAACAGCCGAUACAAGGCACGAGUGCUCAACAUUCCAGCAUCAAACACGUCAUCGCCCACACGUCGCGAAGCCAACUCGUCUGGUGCUGGUGGUAAAGUCAACGCUGCUUCUACCAACAUAAUUGGGAAACUGAGCUCGGCACCUACCGUGUCAAGCACCACAACACGAGGAGAAUCUGUUUCUUCCAAAGCUGUUGAAAAUGGAAAUUCCACUGCAGGAGGAGGCAGUGGAGAGAAAAACUCCAAAAAGUCAAGUGCUCUCACUGAAAAACCUGACCCAAGUCCUAAUCCAGACGCUUGUGGUAAGAGCCUGAGGAGUGCGGUACAUGAAGGAUCACUCAAGAAAGACCCGGACAAAAUACCAUCAGCCGAGACAAGAACCACAACCAACAGUAGCUCUUCAUCUUCUCGAGUAAUCUCCAAGCUAUCCUCGUCUUCGUCUAAAGAUGUCUCUAUCUCAAUUAAAGAUCAAUAUGAGUUUGAAUCUUCUGAUAUGGAAGACGGCGCACCCUCCCCUCUCAAGCAAAGAAGCAAUCCUAAUAUUACUACCAAAUGUAAAGUUACUCUAUCCAAAACCUCUCCCUCAAAAAUUUCAGGCUCUCUGAAGAUCACGAGCUCUAGUCACUCCAGUUCUAGCAGUAAUAGUAAUAUUAAUACUAAUAGUGUAAGCAGUAAUGGCACUGGUGUCUCUAACCAGUCUUCCUCACCAUUAACAUCGCCAUCAAGAAGCGGCAAUACUGUAUCAAUAAUGCCCAUCUACAAUAAAAACAAGCCUAAUAAUAACAACAGCAUCGCUGAGAAACGACCGUCGACGCUAAGUAAGACUUCUCAGAAAACGGCUGACGAAGACAACCUAGUAGCCGGAGAAGCUAAUGAAAUAAAAGCUACUCAGAAACAGAAAGUUGUCCAGCCUGCCCAGUCACCUAAACCAUCCAAGUCUCCCACUGAACCACACAAUAAACGGUCUCAACUGUCCGCCAGUUCCGUCACUACCUCUGGUCCCAAGUCUCCUAACAUCGUCGUUACGGAGCCUGACACGUCCACCGUCGCUAAGCUCUCAGCAUCUGUUUGUGUCCACGUGAACCACGGGUGCAGCCCUGGACCGUACCUGUCACCGGCGCGGGUGCUGGAGAUGCCGGUGCGCUUCGGUCCCGGCAGCCUCAACCGCGUGCUCAGGGAGGCCGUGCAGGCGCUCGUAGACUGCGCUUACAACCCCGCUGUGGUGGCAGCCAUGUUGCCUCAGGGAAGCGGCAAAGUCAUCAUACAGGUGACUGAAAGCGGUGAAAGCAGCAGCAAAACCCAGCGGCUGCCGGCGGUGGAGAGCGAGGUGGCGCUAUGGCAGCUGCUGGAGGCUCUGUUCGAGGAGCUGCUGUGCUGCGAGAGCUUCUUCGCUCAGCAGGAGCGCGCACAGCAGCACUGCGCCAAGUGCGCUCGGUCGCCACCUCAGCAUCUAACGCAGGAGUGUGAAGGUCGCGGGCAGCAACAAACAGCAGCAGCAGCAGCAGACCCGCUACAAGACCAAGGCGCUCAGCCGCUGCCAGCUGCUAACUCAGGCAACAGCAAGCGCUCGAGCUCACUCGACCAGCCUGACGCGUCUCCUGGCAGACAAACUGCUAAGAAAAGUCGCACUGAGAGCACGUCGGACAGUGAGGGCUGCGACGUGCGACCGUGUGGUGAUCCCGUCGAGUGGACAGUCGAAGACGUCAUUUCCUACAUCGCUGCCGUCAGUCCCCAGCUGGCCUGCCAUGCCGACCUCUUCAGAAAACAUGAAAUUGAUGGGAAGGCGCUGCUUCUUCUCAACAGCGACAUGAUGAUGAAGUACAUGGGGCUUAAGCUUGGUCCCGCCCUCAAGAUUUGCAACCUUAUCAACAAAAUUCGUAGCAAGAAGCACAUGUUCUGAGCGCCGUAUUCCCAAGUUACUACUUCUUUCUGCCCUUCGAGCAAAAUCCGCCUCGGAAUCUGGCGUUUGGUUUGUUUUGCUGUACAAAAUUGAACAUUUUUCCAACGUAAUGAACAAAGAGGUCCUGAUUGAGAACUAUUACAAUAUAUUUCUGCUGAGGUUAAAAUCUCUAAGCUUUUUUUUUUGAAGAUUUCCUCAAUUUAAUUCUAUUCGUUUUCCCGUUUGCAUUGAAUUCCUUCACACCAGGCCUUCUAUGUAAUAGGAUGGAUGUCUUUCUACAAUUGUUGAGACGCACCCUGAGAAAAUAUCUUUUACUGUGACUGCUGCUGGUGCGCCAGUGAACUCUAUUUUUCUUGAUUUCUUCAAACAUUUGAGAUGUCUGAUUACGUACACAAAUUAGCUUGGUAUUUCAAUUACCCAUUAGAGUGACCAUCGGUUUAAACGGAGACAUAAAAAGUUGUUGGCUGUUACCUUAAUUUAAGGCUAUGUUUCUCUUUAAUGAAAAGGAGAUUCCUUCACGGAUUUUAGCUUGAAGAGUUAAGCUGUGAUUGCGAGUGUCUUGAUUUCACUUAUUCAAAUUUAUUUACCAUUUUGAAUUCAUUUAACAGUUUUCGAAAGAGUAGCCUGUUUGCACUUGGUUCUUUGGUUCGUUUGAAUGUAAAGUAUUAAUGGACUCGCACUAUUGUGUGUAACACGAUUGUUUGUAGUCUAUGCGUGAUCUACCAGCUCCCUGGUAAUACCUAGCGUUAUUUUUUUUGCGGUCUGACAUACCUACGUAAAAUUAGUUUCUUUGUAGCAUUUCUUUUAAUGGAUUAUUCAUGAUUUUAUGGUUGCGUUACUGGAGCCCAUCAAUUUAUUUUCAUGCUGCUGGCUUGCUCGUGGCUGAUGCUUCUUCAGUUGAUUGAAGCCUGCGGAAGCUGCCAUAUUUUCCACCUAAUGUCGUAAAUUCGUGAGCGCUCUAAGGAAAAAAUUCAUUUUCCUAAAGGGGCCAAAGUAGGAUGUCAUUUUUUUUUUUU